GUCGUUGCCGCCGCCGCCGCCGCCGCCGCCAUGCCUGGCCAUCGCCAAGAGGCCGAAGGGCUCCUUGCCCGGGAGCCCGAGAGCAUGGGGGGAGACUUGGAAGACUACAUCUAUGAGCAGCCCGAGCCUAGAUGGAGGCAACGCCUAAGGGGACGCUUGCCCUUUCUUCGAUCCAAACUCUGCAGAGGGAUAGCGCUCGGCCUUGUACUUCUCACCAUAACCAGUAUCUUCCUGGUCGCCUCCAUAAAAUCAUUGCGAGAUGGCGUCAUAGAUACACCUGCGCCAUCGGUACCCCAAGAAUCUUCCGUCUUGGGACCUCCCGAUGGCCCGCCGAAUUCCGACACGCCAAGGCCCAAGCCCGAUCCGCCGAAGCCUGCGCCCACGGCCUACCCGCCGUUUGAUCGCGAACUCACGUUCCCGGACAACUCGCGGUGCAAGGGUGGAGACUUUAGGAAGUCCAGCAGGUACCUGCUCGCCGUGGAGGCCGGCAGGACUCUGCUAGUGAAGGAGGCUACCCUGAAAGACACGACCGAGCAGGGGGCCUACGUGCAGGUCUACGGCGACGUCGUUUUCCGCAAGUCGGACGACGGCAACGCAGCCGCCACCAUCCAGCUCAGGGCCAACGACGAGAGCAUCGUGGCGAACCAGGACUUUGACUCGUCGGCCCAAAGCCUGGUAGUCAAGGUCCCGCACAAGAUCCCGUGGAACGACAAGGAAAAGUCGCCAUGCCUGCAAGUCCGCAUCACAGUCACCGUCCCCGAGGGCAGCAAGCUUGACAGCCUCCAGGUCACCACCCAGACCCUCGGUGUCAAGUUCCUCGACAACCUAUCGAUAGGCGUCACCAAGUCCACCCUCGUCCGCACUAUCUCGGGUCAAGUCGGCGCGGCGGUUAAUGGUGAAAACGAUCUCGACGAGCUUGCUCACCACGGGGCUCCGCGCCACUUCCGCCUCGACUCCCGCUACGUUUCCAUCAAAACCACGUCGGCGGACAUUGUGGGCUCGUGGCCUCUGUUCGACCUCCUGGCGCUCGAGACCACGUCAGGCACCAUCAAGGCGGGCGUCGACCCCAAACCUGUCGACGAGGACAAGCCCCGCGACGCCAAGCUCAUGAUCAAGUCGACCUCAGGAAACGUUGAGUUCUGGGAGCCGGUGCACCAGGCGCGCCGGGUGCUGUUGAAGCAGCAAGAACAGUCCGGGCAGGCCAACGUGCUCGCCCCGCCGCCGCCCCGGCCCGCCGAGGAGCUGCUGCCGCCCCGCGAGUACAUGGUAGACGUGCACACGACGUCGGGCAGCAUCAAGGGCGCCGUCGCCUUCACGUACUCGGCCCGCAUCCGCUCCACCUCGGGCACCGCCGCCGUCGACCUCCUCCCCGUGCUGCCGGCCGAGCUCGCGGUGAAGCCGACGCGCUUCGCCAGCCUCGACACGUCGUCGACGAGCGGCGCCACCGCCCUCCGCGUCCUGGACCCCUUCUGGGUCGAGGGCGACAACAAAUACAGCACGGCGCCGCCCCCGCCCCCGCCCCCGCCGCGACCGCCCAUCGUCUCUCCCGGCCAGAUCAUGCCGCCCCUCAACAGCCCGGGCCAGGACCUGGGCGACCCGGAGCGCGGCAUCGUCGUUCCCGUCGGCGGCGGCGGCGGGGCCUACAACGUGCCGCCCACCACGGGCCCGUCCAUCAUCACCCCGUCGCUGCCGACCGCGUCGAGGAGGAGGCGCGGCCCGCCCGCGGGCGCCGAGAGGUUCCUGCGCGUCCUCCGGGCCAAGCACAGCACCACCAGCGCAAACAUCGGCGUGCGGCUGCCGGGCUGCUGGGAGGGCGACAUCGACGUCGGCACGCGGUCCGGGCGCAUCGACAUCGAGGGCAAGGGCGUCCGGGUCGUCAAGAAGGGCGAGGACCUGCCCGGGUUCAACAGGCACGUCCUCGCCCGCAAGGGCGCCCAGGGCCAGGGCGACAGCUCGCCCGUCGCUAUCACAACUGUCAGCGGGGACGCCGAGGUGGCCGUCGGCGGCAAGGUAUAAGGGUUUCUUUUUUGGGUCACUUGGGUCUGGCUGUGUAAUUUUUCUUGCUGUUUACUUGCGCUACUUUCUGUUUGUCGCCCUGGGCGAUUCGUACUAUCACAGGGACGCAGGGAAACGGCGUUAUCUCGUAUUUUAUGGCAUUGUUUCUUGUCUCACUCUUCUUUUCGGCCGCAUAACCCGAUCGUUCUAUACCAAGCAGCAUGGUUUUUGGCUCGUUGCCUUGCAACCGACGAGUUGCCAUCUCUUGUUGUUCCCGAUGCACAAGCUCUCGAGAGUCGGUCACCGGAUAGUACCGUACAACGCCGUAUGGUCUGGUUAGUGUUACCCAAAACGGGGUUCGUGAGAUGGAAGGAAUGUUGGGCUGGGAGGAGUAGGGGAUUCAAGCGCAAAAGGAAAGACGAGGACGUGCUUGUGGACUAUUGUCUAGCACCUACAAACAAACACACGCAUGCAAACCCAACUAGUGGGCAGAAACAACUCUAGCACAACACGUACUACUUCACUCUCUAUGUCCAUUCGGUGGCGGUAUCAAUCUGGGAAAAGAGAAAUACAAUGUGCGCCUUUGUGUGCACGACGUGGG